UAAAUAAAAAAAAGUUGUGUAAAAGAUAUGUCUUUGUACAUUUCUGUUCUUCGUUUAAGACCAAACUAUAUAAAUAAAAAAAUUAAGUCAAUAAUAUGUGCUGACGCUGAGCCAAAGAUUCAUUCGUAUCUUCAUACAACUAAUCUACUAUGCAUGAUAAACAAAUCAUACAGACCAGAAGUUAAAGUUAGUGAUUCUGCUUCUCUUGGUGUGACUGGUGGUAAAAUGGCACAAGCAAAUGUCGAUCGCAAGUUAAAGCAUUUAUUCGAUGGUUCUGACUGGAAUGUUUAUGACGAUAACAUCCUUAAUUUCGGCGUAGGAGCCCCAGGUCCAGAUUUAUUGGAAAACUGUUGCGAUAUUUUUGAAGCAGCAACAAAGCACAGAUUAAAAUAUGAAAAACAAAGCAAUUUAUCUUAUCUUUUCCAAUACGGGCCCACAAGUGGACCAGUAGAAAUACGAAAUGCUAUCGCAGAAUACUUCACUUCUCUAUAUGUCGAUAAUCCCGUAAAAAGUGAGGAUCUCAUUAUUACAACUGGUGCAUCGCAAGGAUUACAUUUCGUCUUAUCAACUUUGCUUGAUUUAAAUGGAAUAAUUUUUGUUGAUGAAGUGACUUAUAUGAUAGCACUUGAUACUAUCAAGCAUUUCACAACUCUUACAAUCAUACCGUUAAAACUUAAUGAGGAUGGAGUUGAUGUAAAGCAACUUGAGAAAAUAGUACAGGAAAAACGUUUUCAAUCAAAAUCCAAAACGUUUUGGGCGAUGUACUACACUAUUCCCACCUAUCAUAAUCCAACUGGCAUUCUGUUUUCUGAAGCUGUUUGUCAAAAUCUCGCGAAAUUAGCAAGCGAGUACGACUUCUUAAUACUAUGCGAUGACGUUUAUAAUAUCCUUAAUUAUACAAAUGCAAAGCCAACGAAACGUUUGUUUUCCUACGAUAAUGGUACAGGCAAUAUAAUUUCCAACGGAAGCUUCGCAAAGAUAAUUGGUCCAGGUGUUCGUGUAGGUUGGUUAGAGGUACCAGCUCGUCUAAAACCCAUUUUGGAAAAUUCUGGGAUCUUAAAUAGCGGCGGCUGUUUUAAUAAUUAUACAUCGGGUAUAUUAGCCAGUCUUUUUGAACUAAAACUGGCACAAGAACACAUUGCAAGUGUGAAAUGUGCUUAUAAAGAGCGAAUGUUGGCCGCCUGCGACAUUCUUGAAAAAAAUUUACCCAGCAAUUGCAAAUGGAUUAAACCGUCAGGAGGAUAUUUCAUUUGGAUUUCCCUACCGCCGGAUACGGAUGUCGGAAAACUUUUACAAAUAUGUUUGCAAGAUGAGAAAAUAUUUUUUAUUCCCGGUUCUCGUUUUGCUUACGAACCCACGGUGGCAAAUAAUUGUUUACGUUUAAGCAUUUCAUUUCACAAAAAGGAGAAAUUAGUCGAUGGUGUCACACGAUUAUGUACAGUGCUGAAACGUUAUUUGGACGAAGCUCAGAAAUGAGAAAAUCUUUUUACAUUCAUAAGUACAUAUGUAUUAUAUAUCACGAUUCAAUCACAUAUUGUCACAUUUUUCAAAUAUAUGUUGGCAAAUAUAAACAACUUUUAAAUGAGAA